GAAGCUUCCUCUUUCUGAUGUUUGCUGCUGUUCAGAAUGCUGCAGACUACCCUGUGCUUCACACGGACAAGAAAAUCUCUUCCCAGGAAUUAGAGUCACAAUGUCAGAUCAGAGUGAAACCGACGCCAAUGAACUGUGGAACAACCUGGAUAAUUACCGAGCGAAAUUAACCUCAAUGAUUGAGCCAUCAAGGAUUACUCCCUACCUCCGACAGUGCAAAGUUCUCAUUCAUGAUGACGAGGAGCAAAUCUUCAAUGACCCAAACCUGGUCACCCGGCGACGGAAAGUAGGCAUGCUGCUUGACAUACUGCAGCGGACUGGCUGCAAAGGCUACAUUGCUUUCCUGGAAAGCCUGGAGCUGUACUACCCAGAACUUUACAGGCGGAUAGCGGGACAGGACCCCACCCGCACAUUCUCCGUCAUUCUUGAUGCUGGGGGAGAGUCCAGCCUGACACAGCUGCUGAUGGCUGAAGUGCAGAAGCAGCAGCAGGCAGUGAUCCAGAGCAACAAGCGCCUCCAAGACUUGACAACUGAGCUGGCGAAGAAGGACGACCACAUCAAACAGCUCCAGGUGAAAGCCAGUGAGCUGCAGAAACACCAGGAACGUUUCUGGAAGUUGAGGGAAGAACGGAACAAUUACAGUGAGGAGCUGAAGAGCUGUAAGGAGGAGAAUUACAAGUGGGCGAAGGACUUUGCGCUGCAGAGUGAGGAGAAGAAUUCGGCACUGAUGAAGAACAGGGAUUUACAGCUGGAGGUUGAGAAGUUGAAACACAGUCUAAUGCUUGCAGAGGAUGGCUGUAAAGUGGAACGUACACAAACCAUGAAACUCAAACAUGCCAUGGAGCAGAGACCCAAGCAGGAGUUGAUCUGGGAGAUUCAAAGGGAAAAUGAUUUACUCAAAGCAAAAAUCCAGGAGCUGCUCCGUCCUAUGAAGCAUGAGUCCAGAGAGUCAUUUAUGGUACAGAAGGAGGCCAUACAGCCCAUCAAGUCCAUGCCAGCGACUGUGAAAUGCAGCCCUGGUCUCACUCAAGAUCUGGUUCAGAACUGGAAUGACUGGCAAAGAAAGGUUGACAAAAUUGAUAAAAAUAAGAUGUACAUCCAGACUUUGGAGGAUGAUCGGAGGACAGCACUGGAGGAACACCAAGAACUUGUCAACAGCAUUUAUAAUCUACGCAAAGAACUUCGGGAUGUUGAAGAAAUGCGGGAUAAGUACCUGGAGGAGAAAGAGGUCUUUGAGCUUCGGUGCAUAACUCUGCAGAAGGAUUCCCAGAUGUACAAGGUUCGCAUUGAAGCAAUGCUGCAGCAAAUGCAGGAGGUGGCGAUAGAGAGAGAUCAGGCUCUGAAAUCAAGGGAAGAUUUGCACAAGUUGCACACGGAGACACUGCAGCAGAAUGAUGCAUAUCGGAAGCUGAUUCGUGAACAGGGUGAGAAGUGCGAUGAGCUGCAGAUUGAAUUCUUCCGGCAAGAGGAACAUGUCCUGAGCCUUCAGACCAAACUGAAGAGGCUCAGAGAACCUUCAGACAGCUUGACUUCGGAUAUGGAUGAAAUGUCUCCAAGAGCGUUUCAGGAUGCUACUGUUACAGCAAUCCAGGGUGAAGAACAGGGAUCUUUCGAGAAAUGUUGGCCUGAGUGCUCCAAGAAUGUGAAGGAAUCGAGCACCAAUCAGCUUUCAGCGCCUGACAGGAAUACAUUAUGUCCAGUUGUUUCUGAGGAGAAUUUAGAGAAGAAGAGCAGCAGGUGGAGAACGAAGAAAACUUUUGAAGACUAUAGAAGGAAGCGUGCAAUCCGGCUGAACAAAAUGAAGAGAGACCAGAAGAAGGAAAAGUGGGAGAACACAACAGGGAGUGAGAAUUCUGACACCGAUUCCUCGGGCAGAGACGGGAAGAGUGAGAUCAGAUGAUACGCUCAUUCUUUGGGGUCUCUGGAACCACCAAGACUCAAACUCUGCACCAAAUCUAACGCCAUCACAGAAACAAGUGUUACGGACAGGAGGGGGUUAAUUUAAACAGCAUUAAUUUCUCCUCUCACCGCCCACCCAUAAACAGAAAGGUAUUUUCGAUUUCGUUUCGAUCUUUAUAAGCAGUAGCAUAUUUCCCAACCCCUCAGUUUUGGGUGUGAUCCAACUUCUAUUAAAGCAAUAUUCAAGGUAGGAUGAACUCAAAGGAUUAGUUUAUUUGCACACACUCAAAACUCGAAAGAGGGUUCACAUUGCCCUCCUCAUAUUUAGAUAGUAAAGAGAGGGAUAGAAAAAAAAAAGAUUUACAGUACAAAGACCACAGAGAAAAUAAAUAUUGUUUCACCAGGGUUCUUUAGAGUGUUGAAUCAAAGUCCAAUGGGCUAUUCCUUCACAGAGGACAGUGGGUUGAAAAUUGAUGCUGGAUAAUUCACUUUUCUGGUGGUGUUGACUUUACAUCAUGAUUUAUGCACGCAGCGAUGAAUUAGUCUUGUAUGCAAUGGUGCAGAAUUUCCAGCAGAAGCAGUGUAGAUGGAGCCCAGUGUACAACCUGGGCUUCAGUGUGCCCUGCUAGUCAGAUGUUAAACAGCAGACUGAGCUAUGCAAUUCAGCAAAGCAAUAUUGCUUGUUCCACAAACCAGAGGCCCAUGCCACAUGACUUAACCUCUCCACAAUGUCUUCAACAAAGGAUUUUUAUCCAGUGUCUGGAAAUUGACUUCAUGUUCCAGGCUGAUUACAUCUCAGCCAUUAUGGGUUAAAAGGAACAUUGGAGAGGCUGUUGACUUGGUAGAUGUUCCAUCUCCGCUGGUCAGCCUGGGUUAUCAAAUACAAAAGGCCUUCAUCUAGCUCCCUUUGAAGUUGCACUGUGCACUCUGCAAGUGGCCGUUAGUAGCUCCUCAGAGAUAACGAGGUAUGAGUUUCCCUGAAACUGCAACAUGGCUUCUUUUGUUCAGACAGAACAAGUUUCAGCCAUUUUAAAGGUCUUUCUUCAGUUUUAAAAUUUUAGAAAUAGUGAUGAGCAUGUCUAUAGAUAUUUGUAAAAGUAUAAAGUGUGAGGUCUUAACCCCUCACACAUGGACUCGGAAAAUCUUGUCCACUUGAUGUCAGCAUUAGUUCAGAGGCAAAACACGUGCCAAUGAGCCAGAAAGUUAUGGGUUCGUGCCUCACUCUAGAAACAUGAACCCAUAAUCCAGGCUGACACUUUAAUGUAGUAAUGAUGGAGUGCUGCACUGUGGGAGGGUCAGUACUGAGGGAGUGCUGCACUGUCAGAGGUGCCAUCUUUCAGAUGAGACAUUAAACUGAGGCCCUGUCUGCCCUCUUGAGGUGACCAUAAAGAUCCCAUGACCACUAUUUAGAGGGAAAGCAGUUCUUUCUGGUGUCUUGGACAAUAUUUAUUUUCUCAACUAAUACAUUAUCUGGUCGUUACCGUGCUGCUAUUUGUGGGCUCUUGCUGUGUAGAAAGUGUCAAUCUGGAGGCUGUUCAUGGUUUGGCAAUAAAUACUUUAAUUAU